CUUCCCGGGGGCGCGCGGCGGGCGUGACCACGCCCCUUACGUCUGGACGCUGGGUCGCCUCGGGAGCCUCAGUAUCGCCGCCCAGAAGGAAGGAAGGUGGUUGUGGUAGGUCCUGCUAUGGUGCUGAAUUCCUCGGCAGAGCCGACCCAGAAGCGGCGGUCGCGGCCAUGAAGGCGGGUGCCACGUCUAUGUGGGCUUCGUGCUGUGGGCUGCUGAAUGAAGUCAUGGGGACUGGAGCUGUCAGGGGCCAACAGUCAGGAUUUGCAGGAGGCACUGGUCCAUUCAGAUUUACACCGAGCUCUGAUUUUACCACUUACCCACCAGCACCUACAGAAGGGCCUAAUAUAGUUUGCAAAGCCUGUGGACUUUCAUUUUCAGUCUUUAGAAAGAAGCAUGUAUGUUGUGACUGCAAGAAAGACUUUUGCUCCGUUUGUUCGAUCUUACAAGAAAAUCUCCGUAGAUGUUCCACUUGUCACUUAUUACAAGAGACAGCCUUUCAGCGCCCUCAGUUAAUGAGACUGAAAGUGAAGGAUCUACGGCAGUAUCUCAUUCUUAGAAACAUACCGAUCGAUACCUGUCGAGAGAAAGAAGACUUGGUAGAUCUGGUACUGUGUCACCGUGGGCUGGGCUCUGAGGACAACCUGGACACGAGCAGUCUGAAUUCCUCAAGGUCCCAGACUUCUAGCUUUUUUACACAUUCAUUUUUUUCAAACUAUACAGCCCCAUCUGCUACCAUGUCUUCCUUUCAGGGAGAGCUUAUGGGUGGAGACCGGACCUUAGGAUCUGGAGUACUGGCACAGGUGCGAAGUGAAAUAGCUUCAGCAAACACAGAUGAUGAUGAAGAUGACGACGACGACGACGAUGAUGACGAGGAUGAAGAAAACUUGGAGGAGCGGACAUCUGGCCUCGCUAAGAAGAGAGUGAGAGCUUCUCUGUCUGACCUGUCAAGCCUUGAAGACGUGGAAGGGAUGAGCGUGCGCCAGCUCAAGGAAAUCCUGGCUCGGAAUUUUGUCAACUAUUCUGGCUGUUGUGAAAAAUGGGAGCUAGUAGAGAAAGUAAACCGGUUAUACAAAGAGAAUGAAGAAAAUCAAAAGUCAUAUGGCGAGCGGCUGCAGCUGCAGGAUGAGGAAGACGACAGCCUGUGCCGGAUCUGCAUGGACGCCAUCAUCGACUGCGUCCUGCUCGAGUGCGGGCACAUGGUCACCUGCACCAAGUGCGGCAAGCGCAUGAGCGAGUGUCCCAUCUGCCGGCAGUACGUGGUGCGCGCCGUGCACGUCUUCAAGUCCUGAAGCCGAGGACCCCCCAGGCUCGAUCCCAGACGUUUCAGUGCACAGAAGGGACUGGAAACUUCCUGUUCAAAAUCUGAAGCUAUUUUUAAAAAUUAUUUUCACGACUAACUGGGGACAGGAAAGAUUCAUCCUAAGUUGCAGCAACACUGGUCCAUGCUGUAUGCCUGUCAGCUGGAGGACUGGCUCAGUUUCCCAGUUUCUGCUGGGCUUCUUCACACAUCUCUGAUUACUAAUUGCCGAAGUCAGACUGCUUAUGGCAUCAGCUACUGUUCUCUUUGGAGGACAUUUAUCUUGUUCUCUUAUUUCUCCUUCAUCCUAUUUUUAACUUAAACUACUCAGAUGUUUGAAACUUCUGCUCUCUUUGGAUGAGGUCACUGUCUGCAAAUGGCCGACAUGGUACACGCUGAACAGGGGCACUUCUGAAUGUUCAUUUUAUUAGUCAUGUAUAUUUUAAAUGCUACUAUUUGAUGAAUGUAAUUUUCCACAUUGUUGCUAUUUCUGCGUUUAAACGUAAUUGGGAACAACUGACAUUCUAUAGUCAACUACCAGGGCCUGAGACUAAACAUGUCCAUUUUUGUUCAGGUACAGCUUUUUAUAGCGAGGGCUGCAUCUAGCUUCCUUCAUUAGAGAAGUGUGUGUGUUAAAUUCUUUAUUAACGUGUAAUCAGUUUACACUUUUAUAUAUUGCAAGUGUAUUUUCAGUGCUACCCACUAGCUAGUUUGAACUUUAGGAAUAAAAUUAGGUUUUAAAAAAUGCUUUU